UCGUGGUCGUAGUCGUCAGUCAGGGUUGCGCCGUCGAAAACGAAGGAAGCGCCGCUCGCCGCCGUCGCCGCGACGUCGAGCGACGACGAGUGUGUGCGGCCUUUUAGUUUGCGUUCGUACGGUGCCAAAGACGGUGCCAACUACGGUGCCAACUACGGUGCCAACUACUACGGUGCCAACUACGGUAUUUCGCCCCAUACUCUCUAUCUUUCUCUUUCUCUUGCUAUCCGUUUUUCCAUCUCAUAUAAUACACGUAUACAAACAGAAAUUUUGAUCCAGCGCACGUACACGCAUAUACACGAGGAGGACAGAGGGAGAGAAUUUCGAGACAAUUUUCUUCACCUUUCCAAUUCAAUUCUUUUUUUUUUCCUCCCCAAUUCAAACCCUGUAAAAUAUAUUCUUUUUUCUUUUUUGUCUUCCCUCUUUAUUUCUCUCUUCGUUUUUUCGUUCUUCUUCUUCUUUCUGGUGCAUAAUACGCGAGAAUGACCGUCGGGAUUUUUUCCUAUCGUGUGUGUUUGACAAUCGUGAAGAAGAGAUAAAACCUCGUGGACAAGAACGUCAACUGUGGAACCUUCGUCUCUGCUUUUUUCGUUCGAGGCGCAUAGCUCGUCUUUUGGACCAAAGGUCCGCCUGGUAGUAACGGUACGCGGUCAGUAAUGACAAAGAUAUUAAAAACUUAGAUAAAAAGAAGAUAUUAAAAAAAGAUCUCGAUUAAAAAGAAAAGCAAAAGCAAAAGCAAAGGCAAAAGAAAAAGGAAGAAAUCGGGAAAAGGAAAGAUCGUAGAGGAAGGAAGAAAAUUUGGCAAAGUAUGAAGACGCGGGACGCGCAAGUCUGCAGGAGGAAGUGAGAGUCGUGUGUGUGGGUGGAUCCAGGUGGCAGGUGGCAGGUGGCAGGUGGGGUAGGUGUAUUUGCGGGAGUCGGGCUAAAGUGCCCGAUCAGUUGUGAUGGUCUCAGGGUGGUGCCCGUGCGUGCCGUUAGGGCGCCGGGAAUCACCGGCCCAACAACAACCGCCAUCAUCAUCUUCGUCGAGAGGAUUCACCAACGACGGUGCUCCCUUCACCGUCAGCGCCGCGACGGACCGAGCAGAAAUGGUCCAAAUGUUCUAUUACGAGAAUCGCGGCAAGUGUUGUAAGAAACUUCUCAGAUACAACGGCUAUCCGAAUAAGGUCCUAUUAUUUCCAGAAGAAGGUUGGGCUAGGAGUGCGAGCAGUUCCUAUUGGACAUUGACACCGUUCUGGUGGAGUCGAAGUCGGUGCAAAGUCGUCGAAGUUGCUGGAACCAGAAGGUAUAGUACUCAGGCAAAAAUGGUGGAUACGGGAACGGGGACCCUUUAUAUCAUCGGCUCGUUCAAAAGAAUGACGACGGAUCCCGAUUUUAAGUUGUACCUGACGUCGAACGUGUCAUCGAGCGACUUUAACAUGGGGUACAGCAUGACGGGUACGUUGGAACGGGGCUGCAAGAAGACCAACUCCUUCCAGAUGACCCAUUUUGCAGUGAUCCGUCGGCGGGACUACGAAAAGGCCUACGAGGAUCCAAAUCCCACCUAGUGUCCGUCCACUCCCACACUAUCGGAGUGUGGGGAUUGCGAACACUACACGUAGGAGUUGCUAAUCAACCAUCAUUAAUGCUUACAGAAUGAACCCUAUAACGUUUAACAUAAUAAUAUUCCAACGAACGAGCUUUUCAAUUCAAUGCAAUUAUAAAUGAUCAUUUAAUUAUUAUAAAAAUGAGUUUCAAUCAAAACUCCAUUACUACAUCAACGGUAUUUAAUUAUUCAAACGGAAUUCAUUUUUCGAACGUUAUAUGGUUCAGCUUGCAUAAUUAUUAUAUGUAAGUGUGUAUAGAUAUACAUAUAUAUAUAUAUAUGUAUCGGGUGUCCUUGGGAGACAAGAGUCCAGGAAGCGACGAAUACUCGAAAUUUCAUCGAAAAGGUUUCCCAAAGAUUUUAGACUUCUCCUUCUCGGACUCGAAUUAUUUCUCUUCUUUAGUAAUCUUUUCAAAGUACGAAUUGACUACAAUCUCUAAGAUAUUCAUCUUUAAAGAAAACAGAAAAAGAUUACAAAGCCAAUGACACCCUAGGAGCAAGAGAGAGCCAAACGUCCAACCGGUAGUCUUUAAUUUUUAGUAAAUUAAAUGAAUUAGCUUCUAACGGCGACUAACGAUACCUAAGCGAAGUAUACAAAGCGACAGUGAUCGAGCAAACUUAUACCAAAGUAUUAGCAAGUAAGAAUUGUAAUCUUGCGAGCCGAUAAUCGCAUCUAAGGUUACCUAAAAAAAAUAAAAAAUUCUCAUUUUUAAAUUCGGGAUACAUUGCUAGUCGUUCCGAGUCACAAGCUCGAUAAAAAAGAAAAAUCGUUUCUUGCGAUCGAUCGAUGAUCCAACAACGAAUAAUACGAAAUAUUGCUACGAUUGGAAAUAAGUGAUAUAUACGAAUAACAAAUUGCAAUAUAUAAAUAUAUAUAGUAUAUAUAAUAAAAUAGGCUUCUAUGCCAAAAAUUUGUGCCAAUGAAUCGAGCUACUACUACUACUACUAUUACUAACAAGACCGGCCGGCACUGUAUCCCCCAUUGAUAUCAUCGUCACGAUGCAAACGAGCCAAAAAGAUUCAAAAAAUAUAAUACGAAAUAACAAAUAAAGCUUACGACGAUAUUAUGAUUAAAGCUUUCCGAGCUUGGGUGGAAAAAAAGUAACGUUGAUUAAAAGAAAAAAAUGGUAGCAAGAGCUAUAGGAGG